AUGGCACCGAAGCGCUCCAAGAGAAGGGUGGUGGGUGUCGUCCGGUCGACGAGGAAAGUCUUCAAGGAAACCGUCCAGGUUUCCAUCCUCUCCGGCGAUGGAGACACGCAGGAAGACAUCGACGACGCCACGCAAGACGACAUCAACAACCUCAUCAACAGCCAAGACAUCAACAACGUCGUCGACAGCGAAGAAACAAUUGACGUCCACCUCACCCUCGACCAGCCAAUAGUCGUCGAACAACAAGAAGAGACCACCACCGUCCGAACCAUCCUGGUCGAAGAAGUAGUCACCCCUGACGUCGCCGAAGACCAAAGACACAACAUCACCCCACUGCCCAGAAAUUCGGUUCGGUAA